GCCAUGCAGAAAUUCGAUGCGUUUAAUUGCGUUUAGUUGCGUCUGAUCGUCGCGUGAACGUGCGGGGGCCUGUCCUCUUCAAUGAAUUGACAAAAAAAAAAAAAAAUAGGAUAAACAAUGCGCUGGUUAAUACGUCUGUGUACCCUCGCGAUUUUGCUGGUGCACGGCAUCGAGGCGAACAGCGACGAGCAGCAGGCGCCGUUAACCAAACUUGGCGCAAAAACCGGGCCGACCCUGAGGUUCUUUUAUUGCUACUCGUGCGGCUACAGAAAAGCCUUCGAUCAGUACGUGACUAUUCUUAAGCAGAAGUAUCCGGAACUCCAUGUCGAGGGCGAGAACUUCAAUCCACCUGGUUAUAACAUGUUAAUCGCGAAAGCGUUGGGAACCUUAAAAAUACUCCUGAUCAUACUAAUCGUGAGCGGAAUUGAUUUUGGCCUGCCGCUGACGUCGAUAUGGCAGUGGUGUAUAAAUAAUCGUUUUUAUUCCUGUAUAUUGAUUUUCUUGAUUGGCAACGCCAUAGAAGGUCAAUUGAUCUCCUCGGGUGCAUUUGAGAUACAUUUCAAUGAUGUUCCUGUUUGGUCGAAGCUCGAAACCGGCAGAAUACCACAGCCACUGGAAUUAUUUCAAAUAAUUGACUUUCACUUAGAUAUGCAAUUCUCCGAAAUGGACGUAGGAAAGAUCAAGUUCCAAACAUAAAACGUAAAUGCAUAGACGUUAUUCCGACGUUAUUUAAUAUUCUGGAAUUAAUAAAUCUAAACCGUGUACCAUGCCAGGACGUUUGCUAAUGUGAUGAAAAUAUGUACAAUAUAUUUGUUAAGUAAGUAAGGUCUCCUUAAUGUACAUCUUAUCAUAGAGCAUAAUUCCAAUAAGAUUACAAACAUAUAUAAGUGUAAUUGAAAUAAAACUGUUACCAAAA